AGAAGGAGAAGAAGAAGGAUACGGAAAGAAUCGAGAGUGGAGAGGAACAGAAGGGACGAAGCAAGAGCCCCCUAUGAGGAAACCCAUCUUCGCCGCCAAGUACUACUAAGAGAUUGGAAAUGUGUGGCAAAUGAAGCAAUCCUAAAUUCACAGGCCCAAAGCAAUCCUAACUUCCUUUAGAUGUAGUGUGACCUCGGAUAAUCUCAAAGAAGAAUGAUUACACAAAACUCAAAACUAUCCUUCGAUUUCUGAAAUAAAAUAUCUAAAAAUCCUACGAAAUUGGGUAAUCAAAGGUUGAAACUUUUUCCUUUUGAGGAGGGCAAUGGCAUAUCUGCAAUUUUGGAAUAGUUCGGUGCUUUGUGUACAUAACUUACCAAUCAAAACUCGCCAGCUUAGACUUCCCUGCCUCGUUAUCCUCAAUCUUUGGGUUCGCUCGGUUUAAGAAAACACGUGAGCCUCACGUGCGUCUUCUUCCGCUAAUCUAUCUGACCCUAACUUUCUCAUGUUUAUUUAUUAACUGUUCUGUCUUAAAACCACCGACGGCGACUUGAAAUAUCGAUUGCUCGGCGUUGGAGUUUGGUCGCCACCGGACUGUUACAUGUAAAACACGAUUAUAAAGAUGGUGUAUAUAUCGGCGCGAUCCAUACUCGCGAAGCGAAGUGUCUCGACUCUACCUUAUCUCUCUCAGAGAUUUAAACAAACAGAGAAUGAGAUUGUUCAAAUGUUUAGUAUUCCGAAUCAUGAGGAAUCUGAGAAGCCUCAAGAGAAGUGGAAAUUAUCUAGGAAAGAUCCGUCAGUGCGAAUGUUGGAUGAGAGAUUCAUUAGGAUAGUCAAAAUCUUCAAAUGGGGACCUGAUGCUGAGAAAGCUCUUGAGGUACUUAAACUGAAAGUUGAUCAUCGAUUAGUUCGUUCGAUUCUGGAAAUAGACGUUGAGAUAAAUGUCAAGAUUCAGUUUUUCAAAUGGGCUGGUAAAAGAAGAAACUUUCAACAUGAUUGCUCCACUUACAUGGCCUUAAUACGUUGCCUUGAAGAAGCUAGGCUUUACGGUGAAAUGUAUAGAACGAUACAAGAGGUGGUUCGUAACACAUAUGUUAGCGUUGGUCCGGUAGUACUCUCUGAGCUUGUGAAAGCAUUGGGGCGAGCUAAGAUGGUUAGUAAAGCUUUAUCGGUUUUUUAUCAGGCGAAAGGACGCAAGUGCAAACCCACUUCGAGCACUUACAACUCGGUAAUUCUAAUGUUGAUGCAAGAAGGACAGCACGAGAAAGUCCAUGAGGUUUACACUGAGAUGUGUAACGAAGGUGACUGUUUUCCAGACACGAUUACUUACUCUGCGCUUAUAUCCUCGUAUGAAAAACUAGGUCGUAAUGAUUCUGCGAUAAGGUUGUUUGAUGAGAUGAAGGAUAACUGUAUGCAGCCUACAGAGAAAAUAUACACCACGUUGCUGGGAAUAUACUUUAAGGUGGGUAAAGUUGAGAAAGCUUUGGAUCUUUUUGAGGAGAUGAAACGAGCAGGUUGCUCGCCUACAGUUUAUACUUACACAGAACUGAUAAAGGGACUUGGCAAAGCUGGGAGGGUAGAAGAAGCAUAUGAUUUAUAUAAGAACAUGCUUACAGAUGGAUUGACUCCUGAUGUUGUGUUCUUAAACAAUCUGAUGAACAUUUUAGGCAAAGUGGGUCGAUUGGAGGAGUUAACGAAUGUCUUCAAUGAGAUGGGAACAUGGAGAUGUACACCGACUGUUGUUUCAUACAAUACCGUGAUUAAAGCUCUAUUUGAGUCAAAAGCACCUGUUUCGGAAGUGAGCUCUUGGUUUGAUAAAAUGAAAGCAGAUGGUGUUUCCCCUAGUGAAUUCACUUAUUCGAUCCUUAUAGAUGGUUAUUGUAAAACGAAUAGAGUAGAGAAAGCUCUGUUGCUUCUUGAGGAGAUGGAUGAAAAAGGUUUUCCACCUUGUCCUGCAGCGUAUUGCAGCCUCAUAAACGCUCUUGGAAAGGCAAAAAGAUAUGAAGCAGCGAAUGAGCUAUUUAAGGAACUAAAAGAAAACUUCGGCAAUGUAAGUUCUCGAGUAUACGCUGUGAUGAUCAAACAUUUUGGGAAAUGCGGGAAGCUCAGCGAAGCUGUAGAUCUCUUCAAUGAGAUGAAGAACCAAGGAAGCGGUCCAGAUGUUUAUGCUUACAACGCCCUCAUGUCAGGAAUGGUAAAGGCUGGUAUGGUAAAUGAAGCUAAUUCGUUGCUUAGAAAGAUGGAAGAAAACGGUUGCACCGCGGAUAUAAAUUCGCACAAUAUCAUCCUCAAUGGAUUUGCGAGAACAGGUGUGCCGAGGCGGGCUAUAGAGAUGUUUGAAACUAUGAAGCAUUGUGGUAUUAAGCCUGAUGGUGUCACUUAUAAUACUCUUCUUGGAUGCUUCGCACAUGCUGGAAUGUUUGAGGAGGCUGCAAGACUGAUGAGAGAGAUGAAAGAUAAAGGAUUUGAGUAUGAUGCCAUCACUUACUCAUCUAUACUUGACGCUGUUGGCAAUAUGGAUCAUGAAAAAGAUGAUGUUUCAUCUUUGUAAGAGUUGAUUUUUCUACUUGGAAUAACAAGAUUAAAGAAGUAGAAGCUGAAAAAUUACUACAUUGUUUAAGUUUUAGUCUAAUCGAAGAUUAAUGUAUGAUUUGAAAAAUA